AUGUCUCAAUAUUUAAUAGACGUUCAUGCUCACCUUUAUCCUUCUUCGUUUCCAAAUACACCAAUUGAGGAAAUCCUUUUACGUGCAAAAGCUGCGAACGUAAAGUCGAUAGUUAAUGUAUCAGAAACUGUUGAAGACGCUAAAAAAAUAUUGGAAUUGAAAAAUGAUGCGUCAUUAUCAGAUUCAUUAAGAGAAAUUAUUGAACCCUGUGCGGGUUUGCACCCUGUACAGCCUGUAGGGACUAUGAGUUUAAUAAGUACUGAUCAAGCUAACAGUAUGCUUGAAUUCAUUCGGAAAAAUUCAGCCGAAUUAAUCGGAAUUGGUGAAGUUGGGUUGGACUUUACUCCCCAUGUUUUACAGAAUGCGAUUGAUUCAAACCCUAAUCUGAAUCUAAGCACAGAAGAAUUAAAAAAAAUACAACGUCAAGUUUUUGCGCAACAAAUUGCACUUUCUCUUCAAUUCGACCUUCCCCUAAAUGUUCAUUCGCGUAGUGCUGGACACUAUGCCUUAGAUUGCUUACGAGAUUAUGGUGCAAGAAAAGUAGUAAUGCAUGCUUUCGAUGGUCAAGUAAAAUAUGCAAAAAAAGGAGUCGAAAUGGGAUUUUUUUUCUCAAUACCACCUUCAAUAAUUCGGUCACCUCAAAAACAAAGAUUGGUGGCAGAAAUUCCACUAUCAAACCUUUUACUUGAAACAGAUUCUCCUGCAUUAGGUCCUGAAAAAGGAGUUGACAAUGAGCCGAAUAGCAUUAUCAUAAGUGCAUCGGAAAUUUCCAAAAUAAAACAAAUCUCGUUUGAAGAAGUUCAUCAAACCACAGCGAACGCGCACAGGUUAUUCACAAGAAUCGUCAAUCAUUAUUAA